CCAAUUGUACUGUGCCUUUUUACAGCAGCUGGUCGAGCUGUGGUGAUAGAUGAGAAGCGGGGGAGGGCUUGAACAGAAUAACACUCGAGGCUAGACUACGAGCAUCCAAGUAGUCGCCUUCAUACUUCGAUAUGUCAUGUUCAGCAGCCUUGAGUGUAUGCAGGUGAGCGCAACAGGCGCAAGCUACAGCUCGCGAGCAAACACGCAGAGGGGAACUGGUGCGAUACCUGACAAGUCGCUCGGCCGACUCUUGCGGCCGUUCUCCGAUGUCGUCUCUCACUUCUGGGACGUGCCGCAAGUCACGGUUCGCGAUCGAACGAGGUAUAGACCGCCGAGAGGACGACUCAUCCAAGCACAGGCCGGAAGCAGAAUCCGCAAGACGACUUACCACCCUUAUCACUCACCUCUAGUACCCUCUUCUUUUCAAACACAACGGCAAAAAACCAUGCCAUCAAUCAGAAAUCUCCUGGUGAGACUCCGCUCCUUCCUCUCCUGCUCUCGCUUCGGCGACGACGAAGACAACGAGGCCCCCCCUCGUCUCCUCGAUGUUGGAGGUCCUGAGGACUUCCAUCACGAGGCGACGCAGGGAGGAGGUCCCCUUCGCGCUCCCAUCGUGGGUGCGCCUGCGCCCUGUGUGCGCGAGCACUAAGGCCAGGUAGCUUUGAAGUGCUGCAAGGUCACUGGCCACUGAGCCAUACCUUUUGUAUAGAGUAGCAAAGCAGUAGAUCAGAUGGUCCUGCGUCGCUGCAAGUGGGCCCAAGGCCGUACCCCUAUAUAGAGAUGUCAAUUGAUUCUCUUUGUCUUUCGCGCAUGAACUGUUUGCUAUGGUGUGAUGGUGCCUUG